GUUCGCUGAUACCAUUUGUGUUUCUCGCUCGGGCUCUCGCCUUUUCAGGAUCUGAAGCGCCGUCGUUGAGAUCUUUCCUUCCUUCUACCCUCCCCCAGCUCUGAGCCAUGGCGUCUCGGGUGGCAGCGGCGGCUCGUCAAGCCGCGAUUCUGACUCGGCUCUCUUCUGCGAAGCCAUCUCCUCAAUCUGCUAACCUAAUCCAGCGGCGCGGUCUCGCUGGCGCCGCAGAUCAUCAUGGACCUCCAAGGAUCAACGUUUGGGAAGACCCAAUGAGUCCAUCUAAAUGGAAGGAAGAGCAUUUUGUAAUUGUCUCUUUAUCUGGUUGGGGUUUACUUUUCUUUGGAAGCUACAAGUUCUUUACUGGAGGCAAGAAAGACAAGGAAGAGAAAUUGGUGGAAGCAUCACACUAGGUUGGGGGGUUUAUUGUCAUCAUCCCAGAAUCUUGCUGUUAAUAAAGUGCUUUGCUUGGACUUCACAUCUCAAUUUAUAAUUGUUGGAAGAUUGUUCAACUCCGUGCCCAUAUACUUCUGGGAAAUGAUGAUUAAUGAGUGCUUGUAGAUUCUAGUUGCUUUAUUUUGAGACAAUUUUACCCUUUCAUUUCCUUGAUCUUUCUGUAAUGCAUUUUCAUCACAUGAUGCAUGAACCUUUAUAUGUCCUAAUAAUGAACUGCUCUUUGAUUUUUUUUUUAAAGGUCCAAACUGUGCUCAUGAAUUUUUGAAGAUGCAAUAAAUUGGAUUUUGUUGGUUGUUGGCUUAA